AUGGAAUCCAGCGUGCCUAUUAUCGAUUUCAGCGCCUUCCAUGAGGGCACUUUUGAAGAGCGUCGCAGGGUCGGCGAAGAGGUGGUCAAGGCCAUGUCGGAGGUCGGCUUUCUCUACAUUGUGAACCACGGCAUUUCGUUAGCCGACCAGGAGCGCAUGUUUGAGUGGAGCAAGGCUUUUUUCGAGCUUUCCGAGGAGCAGAAACUCAAGUGCGAACACCCAAGAGACGGCGCACACCACCGUGGGUGGUCUCACGUGGGGAGAGAAAAAGUUGUCCAGAUGGUUUUUGACCGGACCCAGAUCGAGCAGCUGCGCAAGAUUCCGGACGUGAAGGAGUCGUUUGAUCUUGGAAACGAGGAGACCAAGGAGCUGGAGAAUUUCUGGCCAGAUGAGUCAGACAUCCCGGCUUUCAAGGAGUACUGCCUCUACUACUUCAAAUUGUGCACCGUGCUGUCGAAGAAAAUCCUGCGUGCCAUUGCCUUGGGCAUGGGCCUCGACGAGGAGUUUCUGACCUCGUACCACACACGGUCCAACAACCAGCUCAGACUACUCCACUAUCCACCCACGCCAGUGGAGGACCUGAAUUCCGGCAAGGCAGAGCGCAUAGCAGCACAUACGGACUUUGGCACGUUCACAAUGCUGUUGCAGGACUCGUGCGGCGGACUUCAGGUAGAGUCGCCACACAACAAAGGCCAUUUCCUUCCAGCCCCGUAUGUCCCUGGCUCGUUGGUGAUCAACACCGGCGAUUUCCUUAUGAGAUGGUCAAACGACAAGCUCAAGUCUACUCUACACCGUGUGACAGCCCCACCUCUCGACCAGGGCACAGGAAUGACGAGAGUUAGGUACUCCAUCCCCUACUUUGUGUCCGCAGACAGAGAUGAGGUAGUGGACGCGCUUCCAGGUACGUUUUCCGAGGAGAACCCGAAGAAAUACUCGCCAAUUACUUCUGGAGACUAUCUAGCUAUGAGAUUAAAUGCAACAUACACGUAA